AUGUACUCACACCUCGUACCCAAUGUUCACGUACCUCCUUGGCUAAGACUUUCUAAGAGCGUAGUCCGACACUUUGUAUUUGGCUUAUUCAUAGGGGUCUCUCUGUCCGUCACCACUUCCUCAUUAAACCUUUAUUAUCAAUACCGAAAGCGACAACGUUUCGAGCACGAGUACCAUGCUGAACCUCGGCCAAUUGAGCUUAGAAGAGACGAAAUACUUGACGGUGUCACUGGCUUGAUAGGCGCUCAAAGCAUGCAUAUAGGAAAUACGCCCCUAGUAAGAAUCAAUUCAUUGAGUGACGCCUUGGGCGUUGAGAUUCUCGGGAAAGCAGAGUUCUUGAACCCUGGUGGAAGCGUGAAAGAUCGCGUUGCAUUGCGAAUGAUCGAAGAUGCUGAAAACCAAGGUCUACUCUAUCCAAACACUGGUUCGCGAAUAUUCGAGGGUACCGUAGGUUCAACGGGUAUUUCAAUAGCAACCAUAGCAAAGGCAAGAGGUUACGACACAACCAUUAUCAUGCCCGAUGAUGUUGCAGAAGAAAAGGUGAAAGCGCUUCAAGCUCUCGGUGCAGACGUGCAGCGCGUCCGUCCAGCAAGCAUCGUUGACAAAAAACAGAACAUGGCCCGUCAAGCAGCUGUCAAUUUCGGUCGUACCGAUCUCGUCGAGAGCAUCGACGAAGCACAUAGCACCCACUUACUCGCGACGUCCUCUCCAUCCGUAGUCGUCACAACCACCUCAAAGCACGUACAAGUGGUAGAUGGUGCCACUCAGGCCGACGACCUGCGGGACGAAGACCUGGUGACGAAACCUAGAGGCUUUUUUGCAGACCAGUUCGAGAACAGAAGCAACUAUGAUGCACACCACGAUGGUACAGGCCCUGAAAUAUGGCGUCAAAUUAACGGUCGCAUCGACGCGUUUGUUUCAGGUGCAGGCACUGGGGGAACUAUCGCAGGCAUUGGAUGCUUUCUUAAAUCGAAGAAGGAGGACAUCAAGGUAGUGUUGGCUGAUCCUGAGGGCAGUGGUGUAUAUAACAAGGUCAAGUUUGGGGUGAUGUACGAUCGCAAAGAAGCGGAAGGAACGAAGAGGCGACAUCAGGUCGAUACAGUAGUCGAGGGAAUAGGGCACAAGGCUCACCGAGGUGGUUAUAGUGGUAUCAACAGGCUGACGCAAAACCUCGAGCUUGGGCUGCCUAUCAUAGAUGAUGCAUUUCGUAUUACUGACGCAGAAGCAGUAGCCAUGUCUCGCUAUCUCGUGCAUCAUGACGGCCUGUUCCUUGGAUCAAGCAGCGCUUGCAAUCUGGUAGCGUGUGUAAAGCUGGUUCGCGAAUUGGGCUGGAAGGAUAAGCAGACUGUUGUCACCAUCCUAUGUGAUUCUGGAAGCAGGCAUUAUUCCAAGUUUUGGAACGACGACUAUUUGCACCGCGCAAACAUCCCCAUUGAUGUGAACAUCAUCGAAAACCUUCUGACAGAAUCAGUCUAA